UUCUCUGUAAACAAAAUGGCAAGUCACUUUCUCAGGCUUUCUUUGGCGACUCUUUUCAUCGUUGCACUGAUCUUGUCUCCGACCUUGCCUUGUGAAGCGGCGGCAUCACCGGCAUCAGCGCCGGCACCACCACCAAGGCCAAGGUUUCCCAUAUGUCCAAGAUGUGUGUGUUGUGCUCCUCCUCCAGCUCCGGGCAAAUGCUGCCGCUGCGCAUGUCCUCGUCCUCCUCCGCCGCCACCUGUGGCUGCUGCUAAACCUCCCAGCAUUUAAAACUUCACGCAACAUUAUGAGUAUGUUUGAUUGUAGUAUUCAGAUAGGUUCUUAAUUAUAUACAAAAAUAAUUGGUGUGUGCCACACAAAUCAUAAAAUAAAUUAGGACGUGAAUAAAUGUGUUAUGGGGUUCAAGCGCAACUAAUUCAGAUAGGUUCUUAAGCUUUUAUAUUAUUAAUGUGCUAGCUCAAUAUAAUGAUAUAUAAUCAACUUUGUUUUCUUUGUAUUAAAUAAAAGGGGCAGCCUGUUUCUUUUUUUA